AUGGAUGUGGUCAAUCCUGUGCUCCAUUCUAUAUGGCCUGGGCAGGACUUCCUCCUUGCGUUCUUUCUCUUCUUCAAAAUCUGGAAUAUUCCUCCAAUUGGCCCCCGGUCUAUUCCUGUCAUUGUUGACAAAAGGGUUAAUUCCCCAUCUGCCUCUCCUGCCUCUCCUGCCUCUUGCUGGUGGAGGGAAUGGAUUGGGGUCCAUCCUUCUGGGUCUAUAGGGCAACACAGCCGGUGCCUCAGGCAGAAUUGCCAAAGGUUGAUCACGUGGGGCCAAAGGUUGUGGAAUAGGUGGAGGUUCUAG